AUGUCUAGAUCAUCAACCCACACUAAUACAUUCGUAUCAGUACAUAAUAAACUACACACAGAACAAUUGAAAACCAUACAUUUAUAUGAUAUAACACAUGAGGCUCAAAACAGUCUAAUUCCACAAUUAUCAAAUUAUUAUUCAAAUUUAUAUUAUGCAACGGCCGAAAAGAAUCAAAUUAAUAUCCCACAAAGUAUAGAACAAAAAUUUUGUGAAAAAUGUUUAAGUUUAUUUAUUCCUGGAUAUAACGUAAUUAUUCGAAUCAAAUAUAAUAAAAAUGGAGGGAGAAGGUUACGAUUUCGUUGUUUAUCUUGUCGACAUUUACAAUAUGAUGAUAGAAUACAACAAGGUAAUAAAAGGAGAAAGAGAGAUAAUGAUGAUUCGAAGUCUGAUGUUGAAAUUAGAAUUCAUAGACAUGAUAGAGAAGGUACUGUUGAAACUGAAAAUACUGAACAAUCUGUAAAUGAAGAUGAGAAUGACGAUGAGAAAAUGUUUAGAAGUGAGAAUGGUAAGGUGAAAGAAACGGAGAGAGAGAAGAAGAGAGCUGAAAAGCUUAAGGUUAAAGAACCAAUGAAGGAGAAAGAGAAAGUUGAAGAAGUUAAUGAGAAAAAUUUGAAAAGUAAAGAGAGGAUGAAGAAACGUAAACAGAGUAGUAGUUUGUUAACUAUGUUACAAAAUAAAAGGGAUGAAGAAUCUAAGAAUUCAAAAUUAAAUUCCUUAAGUUUGAUGGAUAUACUUCAGUGA